UCAGGUAGCAGUGGUCGGGGAAGUCUUGAACAUGUCUCACCUCGUCAGUGGAGUUGGGGACACCACAAGCCAAGCCAUGUAUUCCCUUACGGGGGGCACCACGCCUCCAUAAGAGUGUGGGGGACGCCAUCCACAUCCACAUCCGCUCACCCACCGGCUCCCUAAUGCCGCUGAACCCCAAGUCAGGUGACCCUCACGGUUCAUUCCGGUCUCGCGAUAUGAGCCAAUUUGAGAUGGUGAUAAGGAGUGGUUUCAGAGCAGCCAUACCAGGGCAAUAUGACAAAGAAGUCUGGCAUCAAGGUCAUCAUUGUCGGAGCCGGCUUCGGCGGGCUCGCGGCCGCCAUUGAGUGCUCCCGGAAGGGUCACGAUGUGGAAGUCUUCGAGCAAGCACCAGCAUUUGCCAUGCUAGGCGAUUUGAUUGUGAUGACGCCAAAUGCAUGCCGAGUCAUCGCAAAAUGGGGCAAUGUUCUGCCAGAGGUCGAGAAGCGGUGCGUUUUUGCAAAGGAGGCCACCAUCCACAACGAUAAAGGAGAGGUACUCCAUGUUCAAAAGAUGAUUCUUGAGAACAAUGGGUUUCCCUUCUGCAACACUCACCGAAGCUACUAUCAAGCAGCCUUCUAUCAGUAUGCGCUCUCGCUCGGAAUCAGAGUCCACAUGAACGUGCGAGUGACUCAGUAUUUCGAGGACGAUCACCAAGCCGGCAUCGUUGUGGAUGGAAUCAGGCAAAGUGCUGAUCUGGUGAUUGGCGCAGAUGGCGUGCAUAGUCGAUGCCGGCAUUUCGUGACUGGAUCAACAGACAGUCCUGUUUCGUCAGGCUUUGCCAUUUAUCGUGGCUGGUUUCCACUGUCCGCAUUGAAGGACAAUCCUUUGACGGACGCCAUCAAGCACGGCGGGGAUUCAAUGAACGCGUGGAUUGGACCCGACGUUCACGCUUUUGUGACAGUCUGCGGAAAACUCAACAGCAUUGCGUAUGUGCUGACACACAAGGAUGAAUACGAAGCAAAGGAGACAUGGUCUUUUCCUGGUAAAGUACAAGAUGUGUUGAAAGCCAUCAACGGAUGGGAUCCAGCCUUACAAGCUAUUGUAAAGGCAACACCGGCGAGCAAAUUGAUUGACUGGAAGUUGCUGUGGCGAGAUCCAGUCAAACAGUGGGUGUCGUCCAAGGGCCGGGUCGUGCUACUCGGAGACGCCGCUCAUCCUUUCCUCCCUAGCUCGGGGAACGGGGCCAGUCAGGCGAUCGAAGACGCAGCGACGAUAGCGACGGUCUUGGAGCUGGCUGGCAAAGACAAGGUGGCCUUGGCCCUGCGAGCAUACGAGUCGUUGCGCUAUGAGAGAGUUUGUCUCGCCCAAAGAAAUGGAUUCGAGACCCGACACCGAUGGCAUAAGACAAAUUGGAAGGAAUUCAACAAAGAUGCAAGCACAAUCAACCUGCCGCAGCCCGACUGGUUAUAUGCUCACGACUCUGAAGCUUACACAUAUGACAGAUGGGACGACGUAGUCGCAUCUCUGACACAAGGAAAGCCUUUCAGCUCGACAAACACUUACCCAGGCCAUGUCCACGAGGAUUGGACAGUAGCUGGGGUCAUGGAGGCUGAGAAGGAAAUUGCACCGCCGCCGGCACUACGUGCUCGUCUAUGAGGAACGGAGAACAUUGAAGGGUAUUGUGAGCAGAUGUUUCGAAAUAG